AUGGCGGAACAAAAAUCAAUAGGCAUUUUCAAGUUACUGGGAGCUAUCCAACCACUCUCAGGGCAGAAAAUAGUUUUUAUACGCGAAGGAGAAACAGUAGCAGAGGUUUUCCCCGAAUGGAUUGAAGAGUCACAGCUUGGAGAUGGCUACUAUCUACCUUUCGACUUGAAUAUCCCAGUCACGCUACCGAAAAGAGCGAACCUCAAGGCAGCUUACAAAGCUGAUCCUCCAUUAAGUGAAAUUGGAACUAUAGUGUCGAAACGAUUAGCUCUAGAGCUUGAGUCAAGACUCAGGACUUCUGUGAAGCAUAUCUACACAUCACCUUCGCUUGCUUCUCUACAAACAGCUCAUGCUAUUCAAAAAGUAUUUCAAGAGAGACGGAGCAAAGAAAGCACCAUUCGGGUGUCCCAUCUGCUUGCUACGAAUGGUAGUGCGAAGAAGCAUUGGAUUGCAAAGAAUAGUUUAAAGAAUUUUGGCUUUAUAGUGGACAAUAGUUACGAAACAGGAGAAAAUAAAAUUUCGCAAACAGAGCUGAAUCAGGAGAAAGUUACUCAGAACAUAAAACAAUUCCUGACCGAAAUAUCUGAAACUACUGAAACGGAUACUCCCGUAAUCAUUGUUUGUGAUUCGAUUGCAAUGGCUCUGAUGGUGAAUGAAAUCAGAGGAGAAACGUUCAACUUCCCCACUGAGAAUGCUUAUGAAAAAUGCAUGAAAAUGUUUCCUGCUUCAUCAUCUUUCGUUUGUGAUCUCUGUUUGGAAAAGCGACAGCUUCUCACAUCAAAGCCCGAUUGUAAUUUACGACCAUUGACAUCAAUCGGUAUCUCUUGUUCUGUGCGGUAUCGUCCCUGA